CGCAGAAAAGGCAGUAAAGUAUCUUUCGCUCAGGGAAGUCAAAGGCAAAGAACGUUUUAUUUCAGAACUUAUACUUAGAUUUUUCAAGAAAAUUUGGUUAUAAUGGAUCCACCAAGUAAAAAAAGAAAACGAUCAGUGACGUGUGCGGUUUUGAAUUGUGCCAACAGCGAGUACAACCUUGAAGUUUGGAGAGAUAACAUCUGUGAUGUUCACAAUGUUAUCAGACGUUCUGAUGCAUGCUCAUGUAAAGAACCUUACAGCUUGUUCACCUUUCCUUCUAAAACCAAGAGAGCUGAUGCUCAUAAUAAAUGGAGGCAACUUAUUAAUCGUGCCAGCCCAAAAAAUCCAGCAAAAUUGAUGACAGCUAGACCCAAACAACGGGUUUGUUCCAAACAUUUUGUUGGAGGGGAACUAUCAUACGAGCAUCCUUAUCCAACUCUAUGUCUUGGUUAUGAAUCAGCUUCAAGGACUGAGAAGUUUGUACCCUCUGCAACACGUCGACGAAAGUUGUCAUACUCAACAUCGUCAUCAAAAAAACAAACAUCUAAAACGGAGAAAGUGGAUCCCAAUAUUGAAAGUCCUUGUAUUAGUAGCGUAGCAUCAAACAGUGACAUUAAUAUUGAUAUUCAAUCUUGUAUUUCUUCACCAUUACCAGAGUUAUUGUCACCUAAUAGUACAGUAUCAUCUAUGUUUUCACCCCCACAAGAGAUGAUUUCACCUAACCUUGUUUCACAUCAAGAUAAUGCAGAUUUUAUAGUUUCGGAUUCAACUAAGGAAAGAGAAUUACUUUUAAAUUCACUCUCUGAAAAUAUCUUGAAACUAAAGGCCAAAAACAAACUUUUAAAGAAAAAAAUCAAGUCACUUACCACAACAAAAAAUUUAUUUAAAAAUCAAUUCAAUAAACAAUCUGCCACCCUUAAUAUGUUACAUAAAUCUGUUAACAAUUGUUCAUGCAAGUUACCUUUAUAUAAAAGUCUAUUAAAAUCAGAUAAAAAAUGUGACUUUUACACUGGUAUUAUAACUCUCAAAUUAUUUGAGCACCUACAUGACAUAAUAACACCUUUGGUUCGCAGAAGAUGGAGAGGUGUUAAAAAAACUUCAACUGGCAUAUUUCGUAAUUUUAAAAAAAUACCCAAGAGAUUUGGCCCUGCUCGAAAGUUAUGCAGCAAAGAUGAAUUUCUUUUAUUUUUAAUGAAACUGAGACUUGGUUUACUAAAUGAAGAUUUGGCAGACCGUUUUAGUAUUUCAGAAGGUUUAGUCAGUGGUAUUAUAGCAUCUUGGCUUAAAGCUUCUUCGUCUGUUUUAUCCAAUAUGGUUGAGGUUCCGGAAAAAGGCAAUAUCACAGCAACUUUACCAGAAAGAUUCAAAUCAAUGCCUGACAUUCAUUCUAUUUUAGAUGCUACUGAAGUUUUUAUUGAAACACCUAAGAACUUGGACUUACAACGGAGUACUUGGAGUCAAUAUAAACAUCAUAAUACUUUAAAAAUCUUAGUUUGUAUUGCACCAAACUCAUCGAUCAUUUUUUUAUCAAAGGCUUAUGGGGGAGCAAUAUCAGAUAAAGAGGUUACAAACAAAUGUGGUUAUCUUGAUCUUGUUCCUAGCUAUUCUCAAAUUAUGUAUGACAAGGGGUUUAAUUUAACAAAGGAAUGUGAAAGUCGUUUUAUCUCAAUUGCAGUACCUCCUGGUAAAAGAGGAAGUGCCCAAAUGACUCCUGCGGAAAUACGAAAAACAAAACGGAUUGCAAAUUUAAGAAUCCUCGUUGAACAGGUUAUUAGAAGACUCAAGUCAUUUCGUAUCUUAGGUUCAGAGUACCCAAUCAGUAUGAAUAAACUGUUCGAUGAUGUUGUUAUUGUGUGCGGAGCGUUAUGUAACCUUAGAAAAUCUAUUAUCUGA